UACGCGCAACAGUUGCGUUACGAGACGAGGCACGAAGAGGUGCGAGAAUCGAAUGCACCGUCGCGUACCCGACAUCCGAGUUAUUCAAUCAACGACAAGAAAUAGAUAAAGGAAAGCGCGUCCUCGGAGUUUUGGUUGAUCAUCAAUUUGCAAUGAAUCGGUUGACUCUCAAUUGGAAACCUACUUCGAACGCAGCCUAACACAUCUCGCGUUGCCAUGGAAAUCCGCGAAAAUGACUGCACUGCUCCCGGACUAAAAAUAUUUAGGUAAACAACGUGGUACCAUAUACUUUGUCAGGAUGACAGAGAAACGACUGUCGUUGGGCAUCAACGUAAGCAUUUUGCUGAUACUGACGAUAUUUGGCGUGCUUCUGUCCUUGCCUUUGCGAUUGUUGUUCGACACGAAUUACUCCGAGCAGAAUCACGGGGAUGAAGGUGGUGUCAGUGACCCGGGCGAGAAAGGAAAAGAAUCCGCGAUACCGAUGGAUCAUCGAAAAUUAAAGCGCUGUCCGAAUCUACAGUACGAGGAUCGCUUGAUGUCCGUCUUUAUGAGCGAUUACGACGGAAAUUGCACGUACGUGCAGGACGACGAGAGCGACGAUGACGAAGAUGACGACGAUGAUGACAGCGACUCUGAAGAGGAAGAGGAUAGUAGAGAGGAUGAGGACGAUGAGGAGGAGGAAACACACAGGUCCAAGAAGAGCAUCGAAGAAAUGAAAGAAAGCGCUGAAGAGAUCUUGAAGUCGCGUCAAAUGAAGUCCGUCACGGUGGCAGGCCACAUACUCGUGACGAUGUUGCUCGUAUCAGUAAUAGCUGCCCUCGUUGAAGUACUGCGAAUACGCUUCGCCAGAGAAAAAGAUUCGUCUAGGGCAGGCACGAUUAUCUCACGGAGAAGUUGCUCCUCCAACGUGGACAUAUCCGCCACAAGACGUCCCAUUUCAAGAGAAUUAAUUAGAAGCCAUAAGUCCAUUGAUAUACCAGGAGUGCAUCAUUCUACACUGCGUCUGUUAGGAGCGCGGCCGCCCCCGCUUAUCCGUCGCUCCUCAUUUCCAACACCACAAGCGAAGAAAACCGCUACUUCAUCUCUUUGCGGUACACCGAGUAAAGGGAUGACGCGGCGCCAAUCGGCUGAAUCGGAAGAAGAAAUCGGGAUUGUUACUAACACUCUUCAUCAUCGCACCCGUCUAAUCCGACGCCAUUAAAGCGACGAGAAUAGAUAAAUCAAUAAAUCCUUCAGUAUACAUCAAUCUAUCAAAUAUGCCUUAUAUCUACUGGUGACAAAAUUAACAGGGUACACGUCUUCUACUAUAUGGUAACACGCAACGCACAAUGAUCACAUCCAAUGAUCUUUCUUAUGCUUGCGCAACGUCGAAAAAUUUAAGAGAUCUUCCAAUGCAUCCCUUACGGCGGCUUCAAUAGUGCUCCAUUUCCGCGACGCUUUUAUAUCACGCUGUUCAUUAAGUUCUGCUUUCUAGCCAAGCAAUCUUUGAAAUAUUUAAGAUUACACUGAUUAAUAUACAGAAUCAAUUUUCAGGAUCAAAAACUAUCGCGUGAGCUACGGUGGAAAGCUGAAUUACUACAGCACAUGCACCUGGACUAACAUGUUUUAAUAAAGUAAUUUCUAUUUUUUCCAUACUCACCGUACAACAUGCU